AUUUGCUGGGGUAGGGGUGGCGGAGGGAUGGAGAAGGAAAAGACAAGAGAGCGCAACUGAGAGAAUAUGGUUUGAUCCUCUCUGAUUGGAGAAAAAAAAAAAAGCCCUUCUGUAGGUUGAACAUCGGGGUCACUGGGUGUUUUGUUGCUGUUGUUUGUUUGUUUUCUUAAACAAGCUUUAGAGGGGGAAAUUUGCCCUUCGGCAGAAAUUCAGUGCACGUGCGCAAAGGGCUUGUUGGGGGUUUUUUGUUAAUGAAAAAUCGCUGUGUUUAUCUCACCACUGGGUGAAGGGGUUGUUUCCGGCGGCUGGGGGGGCGGUGGAGGUCUAAAGACAGGAAAAAGGGCAAAGCAAAGGAAACUCCAGACUCGCGGGCAGGACGGGAGGGAAGUGGCUAGGCAGCGCUGGUCCCCGCCCCAAGCCCCAGCGCGCCCCGGGAGUCGCGUGCCCACGGCCAGAGCGCGGCGUUCCCGUGCAGUCCUGGCGACCUGUCACCGGGGAGGACGUGACUCGGAGCUGCCUCCGCUUCCUCCAAGCCAUAUUCCUUUAAGAUGAUGUAAUAGUCAUUUCCCUGGAUGGUUUCUUGCCUGCACUGCUGAAACAACAGCAUCCUAACUGCACUGGGAACUGUGGAACCACCCAGAGCCGCCGCCGCCGCCGAGAAGCCGGAGCCCGAGCCCCCGACCGCAUCUCUGCGCAGCGGCGGCUGCCGGCUCCCACCUGGCUGGGAACAUGGGAGUCCGCUUGCCCUUGCCGGCAGGUGGGUGACUACCUGGCACCCCAGCAGGGCACAUCUGUCUUUCUUUCUGCUUCUGGGCUUUCUGCAAAGCUUCUAAGUCCCAGUACCUCUUGCAACUCUCUUCUGUUUUAAGGAUUCUUUCCAAAGGUUGGAUUUUUUUUUUUUUUCUGCCCCUGGAGAGGCUUUGGUUGAAUAUUUUUCUCUGCUUUGCUUUUUCAAUCCAACCACCUCUCAUCACGGUUUAACUUUUUUGUGACUUGUUUUAACUUGAGAUCGGGAGUGGAUAUCUACAUACAUAUACACAAAUAUACAUUUAUAUAAAUAUUUAUAUAUAUAUAUAAUAAUUAUUAUUUUCUAAGAGCACAUCUCUCUGGCACUUUUCAUUGAUACCUCUGUCCUUUCCCUCUUUGGGAUUUGACAAGCUCCAGACUGUGUGUGGCUGUGGAUUUGGACGGCUUCGCAAAUGGGUAUUUCUUCACAAGAACUGUGUUUCCAGCAUUCGCUAAGACAGACCUCUCAGUAACUGGGGACCUGGCCUGCCCUGCCUACUGAGCUCGGGAGAAGAUCAGGUGGAGAUGAGUUGAUUAUAUUCCAUGAAGUAAUAGCUCCUCACCUGCCAGGGUUUAAACUACUUUUGCAGCAUCGCUUCACCUGUGGACUCUUUGAAAUUUUGCUUUCUUGGGAAAAAAAAAAAACAAAAAAAAAAACCGGGGUAAGAGGAGGUUGUUUUGAACAAGUUAGCGUCUUUUCCCUCCCUUCCAAGUUGAUACAAAGGAGCAGGCUGUGACUCCAUUGGAUUUUGCACCUUCACAUCAAAAUAGGAGAAGAAAAGAGGGACCAUGGCUCUGAGUGGAAACUGUGGUCGUUAUUAUGCUCGAGAACAGGGGGCUGCAGUUCCCAACUCCUUCCCCGAGGUCGUGGAGCUGAAUGUUGGGGGUCAGGUUUAUUUCACUCGCCAUUCCACACUAAUAAGCAUCCCUCAUUCCCUCCUGUGGAAAAUGUUUUCCCCGAAGAGAGACACAGCUAACGAUCUGGCCAAGGACUCCAAGGGAAGGGUUUUCAUUGACAGAGAUGGAUUCUUGUUCCGUUAUAUUCUGGACUAUCUCAGGGACAGGCAGGUGGUCCUGCCUGAUCACUUUCCAGAAAGGGGAAGGCUGAAAAGGGAAGCGGAGUACUUCCAGCUCCCAGACUUGGUCAAACUCCUGACCCCCGACGAAGUCAAGCAAAGCCCAGAUGAAUUCUGCCAUAGUGACUUUGAAGAUGCCUCCCAAGGCAGCGACACGAGGCUCUGCCCCCCUUCCUCCCUGCUCCCUGCCGACCGCAAGUGGGGUUUCAUCACUGUCGGUUACAGGGGGUCCUGCACCAUGGGCAGAGAGGGGCAGACAGACGCCAAGUUUCGGAGAGUUCCCCGGAUUUUGGUUUGUGGAAGGAUUUCCUUGGCAAAGGAGGUCUUUGGAGAAACUUUGAAUGAGAGCAGAGACCCCGACCGAGCCCCAGAAAGAUACACCUCCAGAUUUUAUCUCAAAUUCAAGCAUCUGGAAAGGGCUUUUGAUAUGUUGUCAGAGUGUGGAUUCCACAUGGUGGCCUGUAACUCCUCAGUGACAGCAUCUUUCGUCAACCAAUAUACAGAUGACAAGAUCUGGUCAAGUUACACUGAGUACGUCUUCUACCGUGAGCCUUCUAGGUGGUCAUCCUCGCACUGUGAUUGCUGCUGCAAGAAUGGCAAGGGUGACAAAGAAGGAGAGAGUGGCACCUCUUGCAAUGACCUCUCCACCUCCAGCUGUGACAGCCAGUCUGAGGCCAGCUCUCCCCAGGAGACAGUCAUCUGUGGGCCUGUGACACGCCAGACCAACAUCCAGACUCUGGACCGUCCCAUCAAGAAGGGCCCCGUCCAGCUGAUCCAACAGUCAGAAAUGCGACGGAAAAGUGAUCUGCUCCGAACUCUGACUUCGGGCUCCAGGGAGUCAAACAUGAGCAGCAAAAAAAAAGCUGUUAAGGAAAAGCUCUCAAUUGAGGAAGAGCUGGAGAAAUGCAUCCAGGAUUUCCUAAAGAUCAAAAUUCCAGAUAGGUUCCCGGAGAGAAAACAUCCUUGGCAAUCUGAACUUUUGCGGAAGUAUCAUCUAUAGGGGAGGGUGGGGGUGGGUGGGAGAAGAAACACAUUGUGUCACCAUUUUGAAAUAAACCUCCUAAGAGAAAUCCAUAUUUGAAAAGAAAAACAACUAACGAUACCAUUUGUUAGAACACAAUAGCCCAUUGAGGUACUACUGCCUAUUUACCUAGGUCAACUUAAUACGUCAAUGCACAGGGUAGGCUUCUUUCCAGAUGUGGAAGUAUAAGAAAAUCUCUUUUUUUUUGGGGGGGUAUUAUUUGUUUGUUCACUUGGUCUCAUGUGCUGGCUGAAUAUCUUCUCUCUCAUGAGUGUCAGCUAGGUAAGAAUAUCUGAGACGCCUUGGGAAUCAUUUAUUCCAAACUGGGUUUUCCUUUCAUCUUCUACCUCCCUCCUUUGAAUGAGAGCAUGGUAGAGAUUUGACCCAAUGGCAUAUAUUUGGACUUUUCAACUUUCCUUUUCCUUUUGUUUAUGUGGUCAGGGAGGCAUGGCAGAUUUAUAUGACUUUUCACUCAAAUCGAUGAUGUGCCAGUUUAUAUCGACACCAUUUGCAUGAGUGUUUGUGCAACAGAAGCACAGUGAAGUAUGUAUAUACAUACAGGGCACAAGUCCCCAGGGCUCGGACCCCUAAGCGUGUGUUCCUGCUCCCAGUAGCACCUCUUAGAGUCCUUCAAACAAAAGAGCCCCUGCUCCUUUCUUAAAACCCUUCUGGGGAGAUUUCCCAGCCUCUCGGCCACACUUCCUAACACUGAAUAACCCUCAUUAUCAACAAAUGGUCUUCUGAAUUUCCAAAUUACCCUCAGGCUCCAUUUUACUGCAUUGCUCUUUCUCUGCAAUAGGAGCUGGUGGAGAGGAGCUAGUCCAACCAACAUCCUUUGUAUUAAAAAAAAAAACAAAAAAGAAAAGUUACUGCAGAGUGAACCCACACUCCGCCUUCUCUCCCCUGAGCUGAAUUACCUCCCUCUCUCAGUGUUUGCAGAGCUCUUACUGCCUACGGUCGUGGUGUGAUCUUUCCACAUAAGUUCUCUGAAUUCCUGUGUGGUUGUGGACGUGGGAACAACACACAGCACUUGAAUGAGAGUCCAGCCUUUCACUUCAAGAGGAAACGGUGAUCCACAUCCCUCCUGAUAUUUUUUUUCAGAAGCGUUUGUUUUGUUUGUUUUGUUUUUUUAAGCUAUAGUGCUUCAUUAUUCCUUUCUUGUAGCAAGUUUUGUUUGCCUUUGGAUCUGGGAUUUGUCUGUGUCCAUCCUAGGAUUUGACUGUCAUUCCUCUGAUGUCUGAGAGCAACCCAACUAGAUAACGGGAGCUCUGAAAUUAAGACUUUGGCUUUCUAAACGGUCUCUCUAGAUUACAUCCUUGACCCCUGUAGACACAGCCAAAAAGAAACUGUUAAUAGCCAUCUGUCUAUGUGACUCUGUAUUCUAUUAAUGCACCCAUAGGUCUUUCAUAGGUUUGUGGUAAAGGAGGAUUAAAGGACAAGUUUUUACUUUCAGCAUCCUCAUGCAUUUCAGUGGGAACUGAACAAAUAAUUUGUCCAUCAUUAAUUAUGUGCCAAGCACUUCUAAUUUUUUUUUUAAUUUUGUGUGUGUAUGUGUAUGUGUAUCACAGGUAAUAAAGGCAACUGGAUGACAUCUGUAGGAGGGAAAAAUAAUGACCAAUUGCUUCUUUUUGAAACCUGUCAUUGAUGCACAUUUAUCAUGUAAGAGGUUUGUCUUGAUUCCUAUUAUUAGUACCCAUUAGUACAUGGAUAUAUUUCUGAAUUUUUGUAAUUUUUGCCUUCACACCUGGGCAACAGAAUCAGCCAAUGUUUUCCUGUCUUAAUAGUUCAAAUUGAGUUUAAGUUUAACAUAAGUAAAAAUUCAUUUGGGGAGUUGAGUUAGGAGAAUUAUAAUUAUGAAUUUAAGCAGUGUUCUUCUAUACAUUAAUACAUGAGCAGACAUUUGAUCUGAACUACAACAUAGCUUUGUAAAACCUACUAGCAUGUCUUCAUUCUGUUCAAUAUCUCUUUAUACCACAUCAAAAUAUCAUCGUCUUAAUAAUAGAAGAUUCUGCAAAGGAUCAUAGGAAUUCAUGGGUCAAUAAGUUGAAGUGGGUGAAAAUAACCCCAAAAUCACAUUGGCCAAGUGAUCCUUAUCAUCCUAUUGGAAGUGCUGACAGAGGUUUGGGGGUCUAAAUAAAAUGACCAAAAUCCCAGCUUCCUUAAAUUUCAGACCUGAUUGUAAAGACACCAAAACAGAGACACGCUACUAGGAACUGAAGAACGAGUAAGAUGGCGGUCAACCCACUACUCCUAUUAUCUACUUUAAAUAGGAAAUUAAACACCGCAAAGAAAAUAUUCGUGGCAUUAUUUCUCUGUCCUUUGACCUGCCAUGAAUUUUUUUUUCUUUUUAGGCAGUCUUUAUUCUCCUGGUGAACACAACAAGUAGUGGGAAAUCUAUCUAAUACAGUAAUAGAAUUUUUAAUCUGGGUCAACUCUAGACUGACACUCAUAUAAAAUAGUUCAAAUACCUGAAAUGACGAUGCAGUGUACAUUUGUGUUGUUGUUGGUAUGGAGAUGACAGCAGACCUGGUUAGUAAAAGGCUCUGCAGAGGCACUGGUCAGUGACAUCUUCAGUCCUGGUUUGAGGGGAGUUCAAGCGAGGUCUAUAUGGCCUGAAACACUGGACAUGAUUUCUGAGUAAAUGAGUUAUAAGACUCAAUGCUGUGGUGGCCCUGGGAGUCACUGUGAAUCAGGCCCAUUUUCCUGAACAUAAAAUAGUUUUAAGAACUUUUAGUUCACUUCUGAACACAACUGUAUAUAUACAUAGUUAUAUAUAUAUGUGUGUGUGUGUAUAUAUAUAUAUAUAUAUAUACAUAUAGUUUGCUUCUUUAACAUUGGUUAUUACAAAGACCAAUAAUAAGAAACUAUUAGCAUCGAAUGGGUUAAAUAAAUAAGGCAUCACAUAUGCAGAGCCCCAGCUUAAGGUGCUACUGGCUGAUUCUGCAGUGCUAAACUCCAGUGCGGUUGGGGAGAUCAUUCUCUAUGGAACGUGGGUCUCCCGAAAUCGGAACCAUAUUUAUAAAGCCCUCCUACCCACUAUCAAAAACAGAGUGAUCUCUGUGCAGCAGGAAAGGGAGAGAUUGGAAAAUACCCCUGUUGGUCCACUGUGGUUCAUGUGUUCUUCCUUCCCCUGCUAAGAAAAAUAGGAUGCUGAGACAAGGCCGUACACCUACACAGUGAAGAAGUGGCUUCAAAGUGUGCAGUGAUGCUAACCUUUGUAAUAGUUAUCUUCCUAGAACUACAUGCAUGGUGGAUUGUAAUAAAAGGGGAAUAAUGCACACACCCUAAGUGUUCCCUUUCCUCUAUUCCUCCAUAGCUAUGUCUACCCCUAACUGAUUCAUUUGGGGGGGAGCACAUUUAUUAAAGGGGAGCAAACAUGGAAUUUUUCACUUUUCCAUUGGCCUUGUUUGAUUCCAGGGGCACCUUUACCAUAGGCACAGAUGUAAAUUGUUCUUUCUGAGUUCUCUUAGAUGCCACUGCUUGUGCUUCUGGAUGGCUUUUGCUUCUCUGGGCUUUCGAUUCCUCUCUGGUUAUCCUUGGUCUGUGCCAAGCAAACAUGCUUCAGUGAGCAAAAGAAAAGACAUAUAAGGUGUUUUGCAAAAUUACUUGACACCAGCUCCCCGAAAUGGGAACCAAAUUUUGAUUCUCGUAUAUUUUCCUUUGUUACAAUUCAACCUUCCAAGUGUGUAUUUAUGAUUGUGGCUUAACCUAGAGCACUUAAGUGCUGGUGUUUUCUGCCACUGGCUGUCAUACCAUGGGGUUUGACUCUUCUUGGUCUUCCAGAUGAUCUUUCCUAGACUUAAGACUCUGUGAACUUUUAGGAAGACUUCUUUGUCACCUUCACCGAACAUAGACAUUUUCAAGGGGAAAAUGAAGGGAGUGAUUUUUCUUCCAAUGACUUUGUGGCAGGCAAAUGUUUCUGCCAAUUCGCAUGCUGGGUUAUAGGUUUAGCAUGGGCUGUUUCUCUCUUAAUGUCUUGGUAUUGUUGGCAUCUUGAAUCGUGAUGACCCACUGUUCCAAUGUAUUUAUUUUCUUUUAUAUUGUCAAAAUAACACACUCGAAAAGGAAUCAGAGUGAGCAUUCUGUAUGCUGAGUUACAAUGGAGCUAGAUGUCAUUUGUACAGGACUGUACAGUGAUUAAUAUCUGCAGAGAAAUUGGACCAAAUGAGACCUGCUGAAAUAGGUUUGAUUUAUAUUGCCUUCAUCAUCCCGAUUUUGGAUGAAAUGGUUAUUGCUCUCCACCCCUGCUGAAAGAAAAGAGUGUUAAACUUUAAUAAUCACAGCAUUGUGAUAAAAGCACAAAGCUUAUUUGUUCAAAAUGUUUGUUUUUCUCAUCUCGGCACAUACAUUGGAAUGGAGAUUCUUCCGUCAUGGACCUCCAUUGAAAAUUUUUUUUUGGGCAGUGUUUCCGGUACUCAGCAUGCGUAAAAUCAUCGGUAGCACUUAUAAAAAUGCAGAUUCCUUCACCCUAACCCCAGAGAGUCUGAUUCAGAAACUUCAAAGAGGGCUAAGGAAUCUGCAUUUCAGGCUAUCAUCCUUAAUGGUUUUGACGGGAUGGUCUGUGGACCUUCCUUUGAGAAACUCUGCUGUUCAGGACUAUGCAGAGGUCAAAGUAUCUCUCGCUUCCAGUGGCACCUCCUCUCACUCUCUUUCCUCUACAAAUAAGUCAAAGCAUGCAUAAUUCAUUAUCUCCAGGAAAAAGACCCAAAGAAGGACACCCUAGGACUAGGGCAGAGUAGAUUUCCAUAAUUUCUUUGCCCUUUGUAUAUAUGUGUACUUCCCCCCCGCCCCAGACUGAAAGCCUGCAGCAGAGCAGUUCUGUGACUGGGUAGAUGGGAAUACAUCUCUGAGUAGGAUGUGUCCUAAUGAUACCCAACAGGGAGCAGAAAUGAUGACCUUUCUGAAAGCUGUUUAUUUCUGGGCCCUUAUGCACUUUGAGUCCCAGGAACCUCAGAGUGAUCCAUAAUUUAAUGAUGUGUAUGGCCCCAAGGAGAUUCAGAUAACCGCACAUACGAAUCACCAAAAUGAAUAUAGACUGCUUAGUAAAUUUAGCUGUAUUUCACGAAGAAAAUCCUGAGUCAUCGAACUGCUAAAUUUGUCCAGUUUGAUGCAGGCAGGACUAGGAAACCCAGGUAAAGGCCCUGGACCCCAGGCAUUCCCUGGUGAUCUAGUGGUUAGGAUUCGGCACGUUCACUGCUGCAGCCCAGGUUCCAUCCCUGGCCUGGGAACUGAGAUCCCAUGUCAACUCCUGCACGUCACAGCAAAAAAAGACCAUGAACCCCAAUGUUCACUAACAAUUCAAAGCAAAACCCGUGAAGGAGAAUACAUUUUAAAAUGAGUGAAUUCAAACCAGUGGUCAGAUUCUGUGUGUGAUGUCAUGCAGUUCUCUAAUUUUCCAGUUGCUUUACCUGGGAGAGAUGGCCGUCCUUGCAUCAUGCAGAAAGAAAAGACAUUUGGAAGUCUUCAGUGACUCCGUUGGUCCCUUCUAUAGAACAGAGUAACUGCAGAGUACCAAAUUCCCAUAUGCUAUGAGAAAUAGAGAAUGAAUGGCUUAAAUUCAUGCUUGUCGUGAUGGUGAGUUAAUAGUUAACUAAAGGCUACAACCAAAGAGAAUGAAGACCAGGCAGUGACACUAAUGCACUUCAGCCACUAAUUAAGAAUAUCUGCCCAACAAUUUUUUCUAAAAAAGUGUUAAACCCUAUUCUGUUUCCUUUCUCUUCUUUACUUCCCAGGUGGGAUCCCUUUAUUUCCCACCUUCCUAACCUUUACAAAAUGUUCUUGUCUGUGAACACAUUUCGUUGUUUAUUGGUUAAAGAAUGUUUAGUUCCUAGACUGUCAUCCUUGCUUUAUUUUGAGAAUUUGGCUUGAAAAGCUUUAAAAAAAAAAAUGUGUCCCAGUCCAGUGACUAUCAAAGGGUUUUCCCUGGGGGUGGGGGGGGAGAUUUUUCUGUGACGCAGCCUUCUAAAAGCACUUAGAAGGAUUGUGCCAACCAGAGGCUUUAGUCAGUCUCCUCUCUCAGCGAGCUCUUCCACCUUGUCAGUUUAUUCUUAGAAUCGUCGACCUUUAGCUGAUUUACCUGCAUUUGCACACGGAAAAUCAGCACAUCUUCAGACUCUCUUGCUACUGAUGUUGGCUCCAUCCAUCACAGAUGGAAGAGGAUUGAUGCCCAACUAAACAGUGCAGGGGAGUGGCUUUACAGUUGUGUCUGUUUGGGUGUGUGUGUGUAUAUGUGCACAUGCACACAUGCAAUUUUUAGGUUGGUGGUGGGUCCGUGGCUCGUGUCCCUCGUCAUGCUCUCCAAGUGCAGGGAAAAAGUCUGUGGUCGCAAAGUUUACCAGUUUUACCUCAGUGCAGUUUUAGGUCUUUAUUUUGGGGUGUCAGCACUUGAGAAUAUUGAGUAAAGCUGGUCUCCUGAUGGAAAAUUCAAACAUUACAGGUUUCUAGAUAAAAAUCAAACCCCUUUUCAUUUAUAUAGCCACUUGUGGCAUCUUAGUCAAAGAAAAGAAAAAAGAAAAAAAAAAAAAGAAAAAGAAAGGAAAGAUACCUUGAAAGCUGCAAGGCACAUGGCAUUCACACUGAUCACUAGCAGUUUUUCUCAACUGUAUCCAGUGGUCACUGGUUUAUUGACAUGUGUGAGAUGGACAGAAGCAGUUUCAGUCAUGUUUCUGAUUUGUGUGGAUUAUGUGCAUUAAGGCAGUGGCUCUCCUGCAGGGUGAUUUUCCACGGAGGGACAUUGGGCAAUGCUAGGGGACAGUUUUGAUUGACAUGUCUUGCGAGGUGCUUCUAGCAUCCAGUGUGUAAAAACCAAGGAUGUUGCUAAGCAUCCCACAAUGCACAGGAUAGCCCUUGCAACAAGGAAUUCUCCAACCCAGAUGUCAAUAGUGCUGAGGUUGAGAAACCUUGAGUUAAGAGUUGGCUCAAAUUUUCCAAGGCAUUCUUCAUGUAAAGAAGGACUUCUGAGUCAAGAGAUAGAAAGAAAUGAACAGUGAUACUUGGCACCACCUGAAAUCUGUAUAGGGUUUAUUUGUUAUCCAUUUCUACAGAUGUUAAUGAUGAGACUUAGAGAGAAAGGUGUCAUUUUUCCAGGGUUCCCGUUGUGACGAGGCAGGCCUAUAGUUUAGGACUCUGUCUUCCACGUAAGUCUUUUUCUGCCUCAGAAAAUUGAUACUUCAGUGAUGUCACCAACCUUAUACCAGCUAAAUGUGUUUGUUGUGAGGCCUUUGGGAGCAGUUUCAGUUCGUGUGAUCCCAAUAAGGACGUUCUCCAGCUGAUCAGUCACAGACAACAAGGUGCUCUCAGAAACGAAGCGGGAAAGGAGAGCAAGAGUGCUUACAAUGGGCCAACCAUAUCAUCAUCUUUAGUUACUCUUUGUGCACUUUGUCCCUUUGGGCUGCAUAUUCCCCACUAAAGAUGAUACUUAGAUAUUGAAAACUAUGGUCUUCAGACUCACACAGAUGGCCCCCACACCUUGCUUUCAGAGAUGGGACAAGUCUAGGCACAGGCCUUGUCUCCGGAGCCUUGGUAUUUCAUUUGUAGGUGCUGAAAUGUCUUAUUAGAAGACAGGACAUGUUUUCGUUUAAAUAAUUUGGCAUUUUUCUUUUAAUCUAUCAUACCAACAUCCCGAUGCUAUAAUAUAAGUCUGCUCAUUCUACUUAUAUUUUGUACAAGAGCAACUGAGUAUCAGAGGGUUUAAGUCAGACAUUCUUAUGCAUUUGCUCAUGCAUUCAUUCAGCAGGUAUUUGUUCAGUGCAUACCAUGCAUAGGUUUUAAUCCACUAGGGAAUCGAACUUGGGAUGUAGAACUUGAAUUCAUGUCACCCAAACCCUAGGUUAACAUUAUUUAUUUUUUUCCCUUUAAUUUAUUAUUUUUGUAAUGAGUUUUAUUUUUUCCAUGAUAGCUGGUUUACAGUGUUCUGUCAAUUUUCUUCUGUACAGCAGGGUGAGCCAGUUACACAUGCAUGUAUACAUUCUUUGUUUCUCACAUUAUCGUGCUCCAUCAUAAGUGACUAGUUAUAGUUCCCAGUGCUAUACAGCAGGAUCUCAUUGCUUAUCCAUUUCAAAGGCAGUCUGUGUGUAGCUCUGAUCAAUACUCUAGAUUUAUGGUUUAAAUAUUAAACUAUGAAUAAUGUAUAAUGAGAAUUUGUUGCUAUGUGCCAGAAAGUCUACUAAGUGCUUUAUAUGCCUUAUCUGAUUUAGUCCCAUCAUAACCCAGUGAGGUCAGACCCCGUUCCUAUCCUCUUUUUUAUGGAUGAGGUCAGCGAGGCUUAGAGAGGCAAGGUAGCACAUAGCUUGGCAAUGGCAGAGACAGAUUUUCAUCUGGGUCUAUCAGACUCCAAAGACUGACAACUUCACCUCAUGAUAUAAGCUCUUCUCUCUGUUUUCUGGAUCUCAGCUCUAUCGUCUCCUCUACUCUUAGCAAAAUGUGUCCAGGAUGCUUCCAGCCUGACAUCCUUCUGGAAAGUCGCUAGCUCUUUUGAGUGGCAAGUUCCAUUAGACAUGCAGAUAGAGGAAAGCAGAUUUGGGGGUGGGGUAUCACAGACUGUACCUUAUAGUAAAAGCCCCAUCUAACGAAGUUGUAGAGACCGUACCCUGUGAAACCAAAGUGUUAAGAUCGCUUCCAUGUCAGAGGUUGUAGCUGCUGGCUGUGCUGUUUACAGGUGACCAGGGCAAACUUCAUGAGAAAUAAAAUAAUGUGUGAAUCGUGUGUGUGUGUGUGUGUGUGUACAUGCAUGUAUCUGCCAUUUUCAACUUUGACUUUUUAAACUAUCUCAGUUUUUGUUCGUGACAGGUCAGGAAUUCAAAUAUGAUUGACUGCCCCUAGCAUCUCAUCAUUAUUGUUCUAAGUUGGAAAAAAGAGAAGCAGCUAGAGAAAAGAAACUGGACUGGAUAUGUGAGUGUGUGUGUGUGUGUGUGUGUGAGGAGUGUGUAUAUUCAUGUGCUGUAUAUAUGUGUUUAUGUGUAAAUAAUGUGUAUAUAUGUAUAUAUGUGUGUACAUCUAUCUAAAUCUAUAUAUCUAUAUCUAUACAUUUGUAUGCACACAUAAACAAAUCUUAGUUUGAAACUGGGAUUUUGAGUUCGAGGGACUUCUUAUAAUUUAUUUUUGAUUUCCUAGAUAGUGUUCUAUAGUUCUAAUUUCCGAAAUUCUCUUCUCUCUGAGUAUGUGUAUAUAUCUAUGGUACAGAGAAUAUGAUUAGAAUACCUAGGUUUAACGUACAUGGAUGCAAAACCAAACAAAAGUGCAUUUAAGGAAAAGCCAAACUUGGAUAAACCUGGCUUUCUUAUUUGAACCAUUUGUUGGAGUUUCAAACUAUGUGUUUUCAAACUUGUUCAUUAAUGAACCACACACAACCCACCAAAUUAAUGUGAUGAUGUUCAGGAUGAAAAGAAUAAGAAAGUAUAGCUCUUUAAUAGCACAAAUCCAGUGGUUUUCAAGCCAGUGGUAUUUCACCUACCUAUUGGUUAAUUUACUAUCUUCUUAUUGAUUUCACUUCAUCAUUCAUGGUGGUCCCUGUGGCCUUACAUAUUUGUAGGUGGAGCUAAUUAUCUGUUUAAAUACUUUAAUGCUAUGGUAAAUAAUUUAUAUUAUGCAUAUUGUAAAUAUAUACUAAAGCUCAAGGGCACAUUGUAAUAAUAACCAAACAUUUUCUAGACUUCUGCAAGUACCACUAUAAGCCUGUUUAUACAGAUAACCAAAAUAGUUGCUCCAAGAAUGAACACCAUAAAUUUAAAUGAAAGCGAAGGUUACGUAUCUUUUUUGGCAUCCUAUACACAUAUGACCAAAUGACUGAAACAUGGGCACUCUUAAGGAUAUAGACAAUUAUGUUUUCAUCCAUAGCCAUGUGCUUUGCAUAUGUUGGAGAAUAUGAAAACUGUUUUAUGUCCACCUAUGCAAACAGAGCUUCCCUGGUGCUCCUUGGGAUCCAGUUGUACGCACGCAAGCCCAUACCUUCAGAAAAAGCUUGGCUCCCAGCCCAGGGCUCAGCUGAUCCUCCAAGCACAGACUCCUCCUUCCAAGGACCUGUGAGGUUUGCUCAGAGAGUCAGACACAUUUGCAAACCUACUGAGGACGGUCAUUCAUUCUUUUCCCCCCAAAGGCUCCCUGCAGAUGUGUAAGAGAGAAAAUCAAUCCUAUGGCCAUUCAAUGCUCUAAAUGUAAAGCUGCUUGAAGAAGGAGUGGUUGUUUUUCCCCAAAAUUUUAGAGCAGAGGAGCAGGUUUAACAUCGGCCUUGGCUGCAAGUUUUCCUAUCAUUUCCUUUCAUUUAUGUAUUUUUAUUUCAAAGGAGACUAUUAAAUCAAGUACAUUUUGCUUAAAAUAUUCUGCUUAGUUUAGAAAAGGACAGAAUAAUAUUUUUUCUUGUCCAUUAUGAGGGGUGGAGAAGUGGGGGUGCCAAAACUCCUCAGUACCCUGUUUCUGAUAUAAGGAGAUAGAUUCAUGAAUUACUGGAGUUGUGUCAUACUUAAAACACACAGAGACAGAAACUUAGGGGAGCUGCAUUGCAGAGUCCUAUGGAAAGCUGUUAAUGGGAUCUUCCAUUAGGGGGUCACCACUUAGAUGAGAGAGGGCAACUAGCUUGUUUCUCUGAUAGUAUCCUAAUCUGUAAAAUCAAAUCUGUGUUGACUGGAGGAAUUGAACUAAUGAUCUUGGUUGAAUCUCUAUUCCCCACAUCUUUCAGAACCAGCAAAGCACUGGAUAGAACCUAACAAACAAAACGAUUGAUCCAAAUAAAAUCGACAUGCUGAAACAGUAUCAGCACUACUCUCAAAGCUCGUAAAGACCCAGUCGAUUAGGACACCUGGGGACUCCUAGUGCAGCUUGCCAGGGAUUAUCAAGCUCCUCUUACAUCCAGAUUGGAUGCUUUGAAUGUGGUGUCACCAUAGAGAGAGGAGUCUGAAUUUUGCAGGUACCAACCCUGAGUGGUGAUCUACUGGGGCCUUGCUCAUGUUCCUUUUUCCUGACCUCAUUCAAGUGCUUAAUGACUUGGGUCAGUUUGUUGCACAAUGAUGUAUACCAAGUGACACCCACUGAAAUUACCUCUUCUCCUUUCCCUUGUACAUAAGUGUAAUGUCAAAUUGUUUACAGGUUCUUUUUGUGUGUAAUUGUGAUAGCAGAUUUAGCUCCAACUUUACAGGAAUCUGUUUACUGGAUGGUGUUAAAACGAAUGUGCUUAUUACAGUAUAAACAUCAUUAAUUAUGGACUCACAUGAAUGCAUGUCUACAUGUCGUCAAUUCCCAGCAGCUCGGUUAUCCAGCAAGAAGUCUGCAGUCUGUGAAUAGCAAAUAUGCAUAAACUACUAUACUCUAAUAACUCAGUAACUGUUUUUACCUUGAUAUGUAACACUGUAGAUUUUAGCCUGCUGUAUUUCUUUCUUACUUAAUUUGUUUUUUUGCGAGAGAAACAUGAUAAAAGAUAGUACUACUAAUUGUCCCAAUGGAAUUGCACACCGUGUUGGCAAUCAUUGGUCCACCCUAAAGGCACCUGCCUGUAGGUGGGACAAUGGCCCUGAGCAACAUAUAAAUAUAUACAUACAUAUCUAUGUAUGCGAUAUCUAUGAUGCUAAUUACUAUCAUCUAUUCUCACUGCCAAUGGAAACAAACUAUUUUCUUUGGAAUCAUUGAUGGAUAUAAAAAGUUAAUUUGCUAUUAACUGCUUUCAUAUUCUGUUUAGUUCUUAGAGUGUGGUAAAUGAUACAGGUGCAGUAUCAGUAUUGUAAAAUUGUGUGGUGAAAACUACAAAAGUCAUUCUGUGGAUAUAUUUUAAAAAGGCAGAUCAGAAACUAUAUUUCAGAUUCUUGUGUGAAUAUAAUUACAGAAAUAGGUAACUAUUUUUUAUGUGUUCCAUAAAUGACUCCAUUUCAUAUACAUUGUAAUUUAGCACCAAUCAUAAUAAAUCAUUUGGUAACA